CGGUACCAAGAUGGCGGCGGCCGCCGAGUUGGCCGCCCUGGUGCGCUGCUGGCUCUGCCUGCUGCUGGGGCUGCCCGCGAUAAACGUAUAUGGAGCACAGCUGUCAUCAGAAGCUUGCAGGGAACUUGGCUUCUCCAGUAACUUGCUCUGCAGCUCCUGCAACCUUCUUGGACAGUUCAGUCUGAAUCAGUUGGAUCCAUUCUGUAGGCAGUGCUGCCAAGAAGAAGCUCAGCUGGAAACCAGAAAGCUUUAUGCAGGAGCUGUCCUAGAAGUAUGUGGAUGAAAAUUGGGAAGGUUCCCUCAAGUCCAGGCUUUUGUCAGGAGUGACAAGCCUAAGCUCUUCAGGGGACUGCAAAUCAAGUACGUGCGUGGUUCUGACCCUGUACUGAAGCUGCUGGACGACAGUGGGAACAUUGCAGAAGAACUGAGCAUCCUCAAGUGGAAUACAGACAGCGUGGAAGAGUUUCUAAGUGAAAAAUUAGAGCGUCUAUAAAUCAUUGCUUUUGUGUUCCCUUUUCAGGUCUUUUCAUGGUAAUCAUCUCAGAUGAAAUGUGCUACAAUUGAAAAAACAUUCCAGUUUCUAUGUUAAUUUUAAAAUACCUUUUGUGCUGUACUAAACAGCUUGUAAUUGGAAGGGAAGCUUCAGAACACAUCUGACAAAUUGACAAACAAAAGAGCUUGUCUUAUAUUUCAGUUCUUGGUGCAUUUAUCACUAACAAAAUGCUUUGUUUCCAACUUCGUUGUGCAAAUAUAAUUUUGUUAUAAUUGGACCAUUUUUUUUUAUACAAACACCCUUUAAAUUUAAAAGCUUCAGAUAAUUGAAAUGGUUACCAUGUUCUUCUGUGCUGCUCUUUGUAAACAUUUCACAACCAAAAGCAAUGUAACAUCUCCCAGAGAACCUUGACUGCUAACACCCUCUUCUUUUUUGUAUUUGCAAUCUCUCUUUUUUAGAAGUAUUGUUGACCAUGAGUAUGUAGUUCACAGGCUUUGAAGCUGAUGGAGGAACUCAUGUUCUGGUGCUGCAAAACAUUUGGUAAGCACACUUUAGUGAAGACUGCAUAGAAAACCUCUGAGGUAUGUGCUAGUCAGAUGUCAGGUGUGCUUUGCAUCAAGUGUUUUGCUUCAGAGAACAUGAAGUAGAAGGAAGAGUUUUUCAAGACCUGUAAUUUUCACAAAUUUAUUGGGAUUCUCUCUAUCAAAUAAAUUUAUAAACUGCUCUUUUAAAAUGCUUUUCUUUCUCAUUUGCAAUUUACAUGCACAGACAAAUCUCUUAUGACUUGUCAGCUUUUCCCCCCCCACUUAGAGCAAAUAAAUACAACAAGCAAGAAUAGUGCUUUUUUACUUUUCAGUUUAAUCCUUUAACUACUUCAUGCUCACCAGUUUUUGGAUGGAUGGGUGUUAGACCAUAGCCUGAAUUGGUACCCAAUUUUAUUCUUCAUAUAUAACUUUAUAUCUCAAGAGAUUUAUUUUCUUUACAGUUUACACCCCAAAACUUGUGGAAGAAAUUAUCAGCUUCAUAGCAGAACCAGAAUAAUAAUCUAGAGACCCAACUCACACUAAACCAGCAGGAUUCGAUGCUCUGAGGGUGAUUCUGUAGGCCUGGCUUUCUGAGUUUUUGUUCUCUGAAACAUCCCUAUAAACUUUUAGAAGGUGGGUACCGCUUAGUCAUGAUAUCAUCCUCUUUCUUUUAUGUUCCACUCCUAUCCAUUACAAAGGUAGCAGUGAAACACAUUGCCCAUCUCCCACAUGAUUCAGCACUGGGACAGCUACAAGAGCGGUUACUGCUGCCUCUGCCAAACCAAAUUCAAACUCUACCAAAAAAAAA